UGGCUGUAGCGGGAACUUCAAAAACAAUAUCAAUCUGUCUGAGGUAUAAAACAAGAAUUUGUUACAUCUCUUUGUAUGAUAAACUUCAUUAUUCAGUUUAGUAAACAUGGGACUCUCUGGCAGUAAAGACGAGUCGGAGGACUUCAACACACCACCAAAGAUAGGGACUCAUCGUCGAAUCAUAGACCAGGAGUUUGAUCCGAGAUCACCCUCGUCGGGAAUAUCAAGGACACCUAUUGUAGUUGAUAAAACCCCAGAGGGACUGCUAGACCCAAGGUCCCCUACCACAGGGAUCACAAGAACACCUAUAACAACAGCAUCUUGUAAACAUGUUGGUGUAUCGGAGACGCACGAUCUCGCCCCACUUAUUUUGCAUGAUGAGGUAGAGAUAAGGAAAUCCCUGGAAGAAGAGAUGGAGGACACAGACAAGUUACUGAUGGACCCUGAGGAGAUUCCGGAUCUAGACAAGCUGGAGAUCAGUGACCUGUUAGAGAAACAGAAGAAGACAACUAAACCCCUGACCAGCACCACACUGAAGGAGGUUCCUCCUCAUAAACUGCCCGCCAGUAAAGACAAAAAUAAAAUAUUCCAAGAUGCUCCAUCCAGAGUGUCAAAAGGACCAGCCAAAGUUCCCCAGCCAAAGGUGUUGUUUCCAAGUAAACGAAUGGUGCCUGGCAACAAAGACAAUACUCGUUCACCUCUAGCGACCAGAACACUUGACAUGAACUCCCCGAGAAAAAUAGUGCAACACAAACAAUCCAAAAACAUUGAAUCCCAGAAAGCUAAAAGUUGUGCACUGGAAGCUGUGACUAUGAGUAUGAAUAAGGAAAAUGUCAACAUGUGAAACUGAAUUCUACUUCAAUUCAGAUUUUGUUCUAGAAUGUGAAAAAUCAGUGAAGUCACGAUUUGGAAUUGAAGAGUCCAUAGUUUUGUUUGGCAGACACUUCAUUACAAAGCACAUGCCCUAUGCUAUUAUGCAUCAUGCAUGUAUUUAAAUCAGACCCAUGCCUAACUGAUAUUAAUAUUUGCUUGUAAUCAACUACUGGUAGCUACAAAUGUAAAGUAUAAGCUUUUAUUUUUGGGUAUAAAGCCACGAAAUUGUAAAACAAGUACGGGCAUCACAGUCUAUCAGAUGGUGUCUUAAUCAUUUCUUGUAUGUGUAUUUUUUAAUGAGGGUGUCAACCUUUUGUACCUUUGAAGUAAAUUUGUUCAAAAACCUUCAUAUAUAAUGCAUUGGAAAAACCUUUAUCACUGUUUAUAUAAAAAUAAAUAUGAAAUUUUAGACAAAUUCUUGAAAUGAUGGAUACCUUUGUGUUCAGUAUUUUUCAUCAAAAUUAUACAAAAUUCCAUAUUCAUUACUGCAGUGUUGUAUACUGUUGUAAAUUAAACAUGUACAUAUAAAUAAUUUUCUAGUCUGUUAUUCCAUACCUCUCAUAUUCAAGAGUGUAACCAUGGUAACUACUGAAUACCUGGUAACUCACUUACAAAGGCAUUUUUAUUGAAACUUUCAAUCAAGAGUUUAAAUAUUGUUAAUCUUUCGAGUGUUUUUAAUCAUUGAUAUUGUAACAUAUUUAUAAAAACCUGUUUGUAAAAAAAUUCACUUUGUAUUUACUAUUAAUAGAUGAAGAAAAUUU